AUGUCAGGAAAAGGUAAAGUGCAUGGAGGAAAGGGCAAGUCAGCCGAGACUGCCAAAUCAUCAAUUUCGCAUUCAGCUAGAGCAGGUUUGCAGUUUCCAGUCGGUAGAAUCAAGAGAUACUUAAAGAGAAGCGCUCAGAAUAAGGUCAGAGUUGGUUCAAAGGCAGCUAUUUACUUAACAUCUGUUUUAGAGUAUUUGACAGCUGAGGUAUUAGAAUUAGCAGGAAAUGCUGCUAAAGACUUGAAGGUUAAGAGAAUUACUCCUAGGCACUUGCAGUUGGCCAUUAGAGGAGAUGAGGAGUUGGACAGCUUGAUUAAGGCUACUAUUGCUUAUGGUGGUGUCUUGCCACACAUCAACAAGGCAUUGUUGUUAAAGGUAGAGAAAAAGAAGCAAAAAUGA